AUGUCGCCCAGUAUGUGUGACUCAACCGUCUCAGGCUCGUCUAGCUCAGAUGAGUCGGACUCCCAAGUCGAAACGGUCACGAACGGUGUCAAGCAUGUCAUCAUCAACGGUGACCACAAGUCGAGUAGUGGCCAAGCAAAGACAGAAGAGUCGGCGGACGGCGAGCAGUUCGAUCCUGGUAUGAAGCUUGGAUUCAAGAACCUCUACUCCGGCAAAGAAGACAAGAAAGGCCGGUUUCAGUGGCAAGACACGAUCCCAGAAGACAUCGGCGACCCAGUGGAGAACAGCGAGACCGCCAAGUGGGCGCUACUUGUUCGAAACGUCAAAGUCUACAACGACCCCAGGCGGGUGUUGUCAGUCCAUUCGAUCGUCGUCCAGAGUCCGCUGCUGAAGAAGAUGCUGGCCGGAGUGCUGAGGAACUACCCUGGAGUCACAGUCGGUCUGAACCGCCUCGAGUUUUCCGGCAAGUUCGAGCCACUCAUUCAUCGAUGGGCAGAGCUGCAGGCAGCCAUUAGCAAGCUAGGCAAUGCGACGGAGGAGCUGCGAACGACCAAGGAGCAUGCAGAGCUGUUGCAGGGCAUCCUGGUGAAGGAGUUCAAGAGCUUGAUCGAUACCUCGCAGGAUAUGAUGAACAAGCGGGUCAUGAACUUCGACCUGCUGUGGACCCUGUACCAACCAGGCGCAACGAUUUUUGCGCGUCAGGACGGCCAAGAGACUGCAUUGACACUGAACAGUACUCGUUAUGGGCUGGAUUCAAAGGGAGUCCCGUGUUUCUGGAUCACUGGCAAGUACAUUGACUGGGAUGGCACAAAGUUCGGCACGCAGAAGCUGAACGUAUGCGUUCCUGUCUUCACCGGUACCCGCGCCAUUGGCUCGCUGAAGGCAUACCCAAUUGACUACCACCACGACUCACAGGUUGUGCGUGAGCGUCUUAUCGCACGCGGAGCUAAGGCAGAAGAGCUUGCUGGUUCCAACUAUCGGGCCUACCACGGCGUUGCCUGGAAGAUGGGCUCGUUCGGCACCAAGGACAAGUACAACGUCAAGGGUCGAAUUGUCAUUGAUACCUACGGCUGGAAUCGCUUCAAUCCUGGCAACGCUGUCUACGUCACACCGCUGAGCCAGAAGGAGGCUGUUACAGACAAAUCUGACAGCGAAAGCGACGUCGACGACGGGGAUAGCGAGAGGUCCGAUGAGGGUGAAGAAGAGUACGAGGAGGAAGACUGCGACGACGACGACGGUGGAAUGCCCAUCGAUGGACGCUUCGCAGAUGAAGACGACGAGAGCACACAGCCAGCACCGCUCACCACUGAACAGAAGCUCAUCUGCACACCUCUGCUCCGUGGCUAUAGUUUGAAGAACAAGAUGUGGCUCAACUUCUUCGUCAACUGUGUUGACGAUAUUGAGUGGCAGAAGGAUGCUUUUGACCGGUUAGUUCUGCCCAAAAAUCAGAAGGAGCUCAUCCUGGGCUUCACCGAGUCGCAGCGGAAGAAUAGGGACACGUUCGACGACGUCAUUGAGGGCAAAGGUCGUGGCAUGAUCAUUCUUCUCUGUGGGCCACCAGGGGUAGGCAAGACGUUGACGAGCGAGGCAGUCGCGGAGGAGAUGAAAGUCCCGCUGUACCUCAUGAGCGCAGGCGAUCUGGGCUUUGAUCCUCGACACGUUGAGACCAAGCUACAGGACAUCUUGGAGAUGUGCAGCCGAUGGAAUGCUGUCCUUCUGCUCGAUGAGGCAGACGUGUUCCUCGAACAGCGAUCGCUCCACGAGCUUGAGCGCAACAAGCUCGUCAGCAUCUUCCUCCGUGUGCUUGAGUACUACGAAGGCACCAUGUUUCUCACGACAAACCGAGUCGAGACGUUCGACCCGGCGUUUCAGUCGCGCAUUCACAUCUCGCUCGACUACCAGGAGCUGUCGGUUGAGUCGCGCAAGACUGUGUGGGACAAUUUCCUCAAUUCCUCUAGCCAGAAACACACCAUCACGCAAGCGCAGCUCACCGAGCUUGCGCGCAUGAGCAUGAACGGUCGCCAGAUCAAGAACAUCCUCAAGAUCGCGCGCCUGCUGGCCAGCCGGAAGGAAGAGAAGCUUAGCCACGAGCAUAUCCUGACCACUCUCGAUGUCACGCAGCAUCUGCACAAUGAGAGCCAGGCUAGUAAACGCACGCAGGGCAGUUUGUACGGUUGA